AUGUCGAGCGUCCGUCCGUCCUUUUCUGCCCUGGUGGCACUUUUCUUCGCAUUUCUCGUUGUUUUUGGCGCCGUGGCCGAGGCAGCACCACAGAAUAACAACGGAAGGGGACGAGGCAGGAACAGAAACGGCGGAAACAGAAACAAUAACAAUAACAAUAACAAUGGAAAUGGGAAUACCGCUCGCUUGACUGCCCAGGAGCAAGCAGCGCAGGUCCCCGACGGCGUCUCUCAAGCCACUGAUGGUUCUACAAUUCUUGAUACCACUGUCGACGUGAAUGGCCUACCACUACGCUUCAAAAUCAGCGGACCUGCCGACCAGUUCACGACCACCUCCGGCGUCGAUGGAGGCACGCAAGACCCCGGAACCCAGGGCACUCUCGGUCUCAACGUUCUCCUGCACGGAGACGGCGGCCAAUCCUUCUUCGAUUUCCCCAACCAAGCCAUCCAAGGAAACCUUGCGGGAGUUGCCGUCCUCGCUCCCGACCCGAACCUCUUCUGGGGCGGCGGCUCAGGGCUCGACCGCACUAACGGUGUUGAACACGCCCAGGCCGUCAACGAUCUUAUCCUAGAUGUCCUUCCUCAAGUCAUGGCCUUUAAUAGCUCGAACGUCUUCUUCACUGGCGUCUCGGGCGGCUCUCUUCUCCUCUCCGGGUUCUUCAUCCCGCAACAUAUGAGCAACUUCCAGGGUAACGGCGUGCUACUGAACUGUGCUGCCAUGGCACCCCAGGUCAACUUUGUCAACGGCGAUGCGGUUGCCCAAUCCACCCGCAUCCACUUCCAGAGUACGACCGGAGAACUCGACCUUCUUCGCGAGUCUAUCCCGGAGUCUAUCGUCGCUUACGAGCAGCUCGCUUCGAAUGCCGGUCUGAGCAACGCUGAGAUCAAUGCUUUGCAGACUGUUGAUAACUCGCCUAAUGGUGGACACUGCGAGUUCGACGAGCAGGGAUUCGUCAGUGGAAUCCAGCUCAUGGCGGAUAACUUUGUCAACAUUAUGCAGGGAGGGAAUGGCAAUGUGAAUGGCAUCGGAAACGUAUUGAAUGGUGUAGUUGGGAAUGAGAACCUGGUAUUUGCCUGA